CUUUAAGAUUUCGGAAUGGAAAUGAUUCUUAUUAGUUGUUUCCGCUUGGUCAAGUCAGACGUCAGUACUUCGAACUGUCUGGAAAUGACCGGUCGUCGACCCCAAGCAACGAGCACGUCGGUGACAGUGUUCCGGAAUUGCAUGCUCUUAAGGAAUCACGAGAUUCGACGAGAGGACCUCUGGGUGAGAGAUGGGAUUAUUAUUGAUCCUGAGCCCCUAUUUUUCGACGAACAAGUCGGCUGGAACCAAGAAAUCGAUUGCGGCGGCGUUCUCAUAGCGCCAGGCUUGAUCGACCUUCAAAUCAAUGGGGGAUUUGGAGUGGAUUUCUCAUACGCCAUCAACGAUCAGGCCUCAGCUCAGGAAUCCCUGGUCAAGGUGGCUAAAGGCAUCCUUGCUCACGGUGUGACAUCCUUUUGUCCCACCAUUGUCACCUCGUCUCAGGACAAGUAUCAUGCCAUUCUACCGUGGAUUACCCCGACCCCAGGUAGCGCUGAGACUGGGGCAGAGAUUCUUGGCGCUCACGUCGAGGGUCCUUUUAUUGCCGUUGCCAAGAAAGGGGCUCACACAGAGGAAUACAUUCGGGAUUUGAGUGGGGGAAGUGAGGCCGUGGAGGCAAUGUAUGGGAGCUUGAAUAAUGUACGAAUCAUCACUUUGGCUCCCGAGCAUGACCCCACGGGUCAAGUUGUGCGAGAGUUGUGCGCCAAAGGGAUUUCCGUGUCCAUGGGACAUUCAUCGGCCAACUUAACCCACGGAGAAACGGCCGCCCUGAACGGCGCCACUUUGAUUACCCAUCUAUUCAACGCCAUGUCCGCUUUCCACCAUCGGGACCCUGGCCUUUUGGGGCUUCUCACCUCUAAGAUGCUUCACGACAAAUCUGUGUAUUACGGGAUUAUUGCCGAUGGCAUUCAUACUCAUCCGGCCGCGCUUCGGAUGGCCUACCGUACCAAUUUCCCCGCCAUGUGUUUGGUCACAGAUGCCAUUUGUGCCAUGGGCUUGGAAGAUGGCACUUAUCAUCUGGGGCCUCAAUCUAUUACCGUGGAAGGGCAGCGGGCUGUCAUCACGGGCACCGAUACUCUCUGCGGAGCCAUAGCUACGUUAUUUCGCGCGGUGCAGAAACUAAUAAAAGGAGCCCGAUGUUCCAUCGUGGAGGCUUUGGAAGCGGCCUCUUUGCAUCCCGCGGAAGCAUUGGGCAUCCAGAGGAAAAAAGGUUCACUUGACUUCGGUUGUGAUGCCGACUUCAUCAUGAUUAAUGUCGAUGAGAUGGAUCUGUUAUCCACCUGGAUUGGGGGCAAGCGUGUAUACAAGAAGCCCGAAGGUUAGUUCCCGCCUGGUUGGGAUUGGUGUUAUUUUGGUGGGGUCGUGGAGGAUUCAGAACAGAAUAAUUAGAAAAUAAACUUCAUUCUUUCUGACAAUUGAAAA